CGACACCUCUGGUCGUCCGCACCUGACGGAACGCGAGCACCCCCCGGGCGAGCGCAUAAAUCUGAGGCGAGCGUCAGACCUUAGGGGAAGUGCAAGGAGGCUAGCGUCCCGCGUUCCUCCGAGAUAG